AUGAAUAAAUUUGUAGAAGCAGAUGAAUAUUCCAAUCUUAUUGAGAGUGAAUUGCCAGAAAAUGUGUUAGAGGCAGUUUCUGAACCUGCAAAAAAUGUGGACUAUAGCAUGGGCUGCCAGGAAAAGGCCAUCGUGCAGAACAUAAACGCAGACCAAGAUGCAAUCAAAAAAAUAAAUUCUUUUGAUGAUUUGUCGUUACAACUGGAAAAAAAGACGGAGGAAAAAUUUGAUAUUGCUGAAGACGAAAUAGUACUUCGCAAUAAUCUUGCCGUUGGCGUACAGUGGGUUUCACUAGUGACAGAAAACUUACUUAGUCAUCCAUUUAUUGUCUUGCGUAGACAGUGUCAAGUCUUUAACACGUCAAACCGUUACCACAUUCACCCAAUAACACUACUGCCCAGUAUCUUAAAUUUACAAAGGCGGCAAGGGGUGGCUACUUUAUGGAAGGGUGUCGGUAGCUGCCUUAUUGUGCGUGGAAUGAUCCUGGCUAUGGACGAUAUUAUUUCCAAAUUCACUGGUUGGCCUAAGGAAGUAAACAGUAAAACCACAUUAAAGCGAUUCGGACAACACAUUCUCCUCAAGUGUUUCAGCAUAGGAGUGGUUGUACCAUUCUAUUGUGCUUCUUUAGUGGAGACUGUCCAAAGUGGUAUAGCAAGUGAGAAACCAGGACUCUUUGAUGUAUUUCGAGAAGGAAGUCUUCGAUUUCUACAUUGGAGCUCACCACAGAAGGGCAGAAUGCUACCUGCUUGGGCAUUAAUAGGUCCAUGUGUAUCAUUGGGAAUUAUAAAGUAUUUAUUCAGUUUAGUAAUUCGUGGGCUAUCUUCUCGGAUUAUGAGACGGCGGCUAACAGUUUCAAGAAAAAAACGUGCUGAAAAAAUUUCCGAUGAUGUGCUAGAUAAUCAAAAUGCUGAGAUAUAUGCCAAUCUUAUUACAACAAUAACCACUGAGGUCAUUUUCUAUCCUUUUGAAACCGUUUUACAUCGUCUUCAACUUCAAGGUACUCGCACUAUUAUUGACAAUUUAGACAAUGGCUAUGCAGUGGUCCCAAUAUUAACAAACUAUCAAGGAGCCAUCGAUUGUUACCAAUCGACCAUAUUUUCAGAAGGUUUUUGUGGACUCUACAAGGGAAUUGGCGCGAUGAUUCUACAAUUCAUAUCACACCUUGCUGUCCUUAAACUAUCCAAGUGGAUUGUACGAAAAAUAUCUGAAACUCUUUCAAAUCGGCCAUCAUCACGCGUUGUACACCACUACAAUAUUGAUAAUAUUGUUUGUAGUUCAAGUUAUUCAAAUACGUCGCAAAGCAUUGCUAGUUUUACUUAAAAUAUAUUAUAUACUUGACUACUAAGGACUAUAAUGUAAUUAGUGUAUUAAACAUUUAA